AAAUCUAGAGAGAGAGAGUCUUCCGUCCUCCAUCCUUCCCUCGACCGGAGAGAGAAGGGCUUCUGGGAUUUGCCCAUUUCCCCCAGAAAUGAAGAAAUCGUCCGCAGGAGGACCAUCAAAACCCACAAAACCGGCAUGGGUCCUCCCCUACAAGACCCAAGACUUGAGAACCCUGUACACCAUAGGUCAGAAGCUGGGUCAAGGGCAGUUUGGGACAACAUUUCUGUGCACAGACAAGGCCACGGGCCACAACUAUGCCUGCAAAUCCAUCCCAAAGAGGAAGCUUUUCUGCAAGGAGGACUAUGAUGAUGUGUGGAGGGAGAUUCAGAUAAUGCACCACUUGUCUGAGCACCCAAAUGUGGUGAGGAUCAGGGGAACCUACGAGGACCCCGUGUUUGUGCAUUUGGUCAUGGAGUUGUGUGAGGGAGGUGAGCUUUUUGAUAGGAUUGUGCAGAGGGGGCAUUACAGUGAGAGAGAGGCUGCAAAGCUGAUCAAGACCAUUGUUGGGGUGGUUGAGGGGUGUCAUUCACUUGGGGUUAUGCAUAGGGAUCUCAAGCCCGAGAACUUCUUGUUUGAUACCACUGCUGAGGAUGCUGCUCUCAAGGCCACUGAUUUUGGGUUGUCUGUUUUCUAUAAGCCAGGUGAAACCUUUUCUGAUGUAGUUGGGAGUCCCUACUAUGUUGCACCAGAGGUGUUGUGCAAGCAUUAUGGACCUGAAGCAGAUGUUUGGAGUGCGGGAGUUAUUUUGUAUAUCUUACUAAGUGGGGUUCCACCUUUUUGGGCAGAGACUGAAACAGGAAUCUUCCGUCAGAUAUUACAAGGAAAGUUAGAUUUUGAAUCUGAACCGUGGCCUUGCAUUUCAGAAACUGCCAAGGAACUAUUGCGGAAAAUGCUUGAUAGGAAUCCAAAGAAAAGGCUAACUGCUCAUGAAGUCCUUUCCCACCCAUGGGUCGUAGAUGAUAGAAUGGCCCCAGAUAAACCUCUUGAUUCUGCAGUGUUAUCACGCCUGAAGCAGUUCUCUGCAAUGAACAAACUUAAAAAGAUGGCUUUGCGUGUCAUAGCAGAGGGGCUUUCUGAAGAGGAGAUUGGUGGUUUGCGGGAGUUGUUCAAAAUGAUAGACACGGACAAUAGUGGAACAAUAACGUUCGAUGAAUUGAAAGAUGGCUUAAAAAGAGUGGGCUCUGAACUAAUGGAGUCUGAAAUCAGGGAUCUCAUGAAUGCAGCUGACAUUGACAACAGUGGAACAAUAGAUUAUGGGGAAUUCCUUGCUGCUACUGUGCACUUGAAUAAGUUGGAGAGGGAGGAAAAUUUGGUGUCAGCAUUCUCCUUUUUUGACAAAGAUAAAAGUGGUUACAUUACCAUUGAUGAGCUUCAACAAGCUUGUAAAGAGUUUGGCUUAAGUGAGGCCCAUCUUGAUGACAUGAUCAAAGAAAUUGACCAAGAUAAUGAUGGACAGAUAGAUUACGGGGAAUUUGCUGCAAUGAUGAGGAAGGGCAAUGGAGGAAUCGGGCGGAGAACCAUGAGAAACAACUUAAACUUGGGAGAUGUUCUAGGGAUACCAGAUAUGCGCUUGACAAACUGAUCAAUGUUAACCGUAAGAAAUCUUUUUUAAUAUGUUCAAAUGUGGAAAGAAACCGAUGGGCUGAAACUCAAAUAUUAACUUGUAGCUGGUUUUGGCAUUAAUUUGAUCGUUUUGUUUUAUUCCAUACAUAAGAGAGCUGAAUGUUGGCAUAGUAUUACCAACUGAUUUGCACCCACUUGUAAAUGCAUGUAUAAUAUUAUGUUGAAGCUGCUGACGAAACGAUAAGUUGA